CAAAGCAAGAUUGAUAGAGGGCAUUUUCUAUAUCUCUCUGUCCAUUGUAUGAGCUUUCCUGGCUCUUGUUCAACAGGCUGCAGACUUGGCCAACAUGCCUUCUACUCUACAGGUGAACUUUCUUACCAUGGUCUUCAUUCUUUCUCCAUGGCUUGCUAGUGGCCAAUUCAAUGUUCCCGACAGACCUUACAUUAAUGCACUGCCCACUGGCUUUUUGUCUAACUUUGACGGAUGGGCCAAGUAUGAGUGGCUACCAAAGAACAGCUCAUGUGUACCGUCUUGUGGAUAUGGCCGUACCAUACAGGCUACAUAUGGGUGUUGGGCCACAACAAAUGGAGGCGACACAAUACAUGUAAUAGACAAUUGGUGUCUUGACAAUGGCAUUGGAAACAGACCUGCUGCAGUAGAAAUACCUUGUGGAAGGAUGAUGGAUGAAGAUUGUGACUGUACAGAAGGAAAGCCAACGUUGGUAUUUACACAUUUUGCAGAGUGUGUACAACCAUGUGGUGGCAAACUAGAACGAAGUGCCAAGUGUAUCAACUAUGACUUUUUUUGUGAACAAGAAGGUUCAGAUCAGGCUAUUACAAAUUGUGCUCGAGUUAUUGAUACAGAAGAUGAUUGUGGAGAGGAUCUGGUUGCUACCUGUAGUACUUAUUCAUGGGUUGGUACUGGUAGAAUUGCACGAAAUGCAACAUGUGGUCCUAUUGAAUUAAGAGAAGAGAUGGCAUGUCAGGUGCUCAUCUUUCUGAGACAAGGACAGAACACUUUUCUGGUGCCAGAUGUAGAGUGUUUUGCAUUUGGACCACUAAGUCGAGAGUCAAAGGAAGCAGCCAGUCUCAGCUACAGAUCAGAAGCAUGUAACUAUAUGCCAGGAGAAUGGAGUGCCUGUGAUGCCACAUGUGGGGCAGGUACACAGACAAGAACAAAGAAAUGCUUGCAAAGGGGAAGGCGUGAAAUAGAUUUAAUACAAUGUAGUUACGUUCCUGGUAUUAUCGAUCCUCCUACUACUACAAGCUGUAGUGUUAGCUGUAAAUACGUGCCUACAGAAUGGAGUGCAUGCAGUGCUACUUGUGGUGAUGGUACAAGAGAAAGACGCAGAAGUUGUGUGCAGACCAUUGAUAGUGUUGAAAGAACAGUUGAUUUUAACGAGUGUGUUAAAGAUGCAAGCGUAGUCAUUCAGCCAGAACAGGAGACUGAACUUUGCAAAUUGAGAGAUUGUGAAUGUGAAGUACCAUAUUAUGUUCCAGAAGAUUAUGGUGUAUGUUCAGCCACGUGUGAAGGCACACAGACACGCUCUAUCAGAUGUGAAUGUCCUGUUGAAGGUGUAGUACAACAAGAAGAGAUGAGUGUUUGCAGGAGGCUCAUUAGUGGGGCAGCUCCAGAAACAGUGAGACGAUGCAAUGAUAUUCCAUGUCCCACGUAUCAAUACAGAGUUGGGGCGUGGGGACAGUGUGACUCUGUAUGUGGGACAGGGAAUCGUAGUCGUCAAGUUGAGUGUGUUAAGACACAAGGAAGUGUUGUGAGCAUUGUCUCUUUGCAAGAAUGUACUGAUAAUGGUCUAAGUGAGCCACCAAUUUCUGUUGAAAGUUGCAGUGUUAGCUGCCAGUAUGUGGCUACAGAAUGGAGUACAUGCAGUGCUACUUGUGGUGAUGGCAUGAGACAAAGAGAAAGACGUUGUAUCCAGACAAUAGACGGUGUUCAAACACGAGUUGAAUUUGAGGAAUGUGUUAAAGACUCGAGUGUAGUUGUUCAGCCACAAGAAGAGACUGAAAGUUGCAGAAUAAAAGAUUGUGUAUGUGAAGAGCCCUACUAUGUUGCUGAGGAUUUUGGUCCCUGUUCAGCAACAUGUGAAGGUACGCAGACUCGUAAUAUUAGAUGUGACUGUCGUGUUGAAGGUGUGGUACGACAAGAAGAAAUGAGCAUAUGUCAAGCACUGACUACUGGUCCUAUUCCAGCAACAGAAAGACCAUGCAACGAUAUUCCAUGCCCAACUUACCAUUAUAGAGUUGGGAGUUGGGGAGAUUGUGACUCAACUUGUGGUGCUGGCCAGCGCCGCCGUUCAGUUCAGUGCAUCAAGACACAAGGACCCGUUGUUACUGUUGUAUCUUUGCAAGAGUGUAUUGAUAAUGGUGCAGGUCAACCAGAAGUUGAUGUUGAAAGCUGUAACAGCAGGUGCAGAUAUCAAGUCUUUCCAUAUCAAGAGUGUUCAGUUACAUGUGGAGGAGGAAUCCAAACAAGAGACGUUUUUUGUAUUAGAACAUCUGAUUUUGGAAGAGAGAGUGUGGCUUUGGCAGAAUGUGCUAAUGAUCCAACUAAUACCGAAGCUUUACCAGAAACUGAACAAGCUUGUAAUGAGCAGGAAUGUCCAUGCUUGAAUCCUCGAUGGCAGCCCAGCGUGUGGUCAGACUGUUCUCUAACGUGUGGAAAUGGAACACGAACCAGGACUGUGGAGUGUCGCUGUUUUAUUAGUGGACGAGACACGGUCGCCCCAGAUGAGAAAUGCGAAGGCCAGAGGCGUCCUCAUCUGAGAGAGAACUGUUACACACGUUGUCCUUGUGUUGAUCCUCAAUAUGUGGCUCUCCCAUUUGGUCCAUGUGACAAGACAUGCGGUAGUGAUGCAUUUAGAAAACGAGACUUGGAAUGUCAUUGUCAGAGGGGAGAAGAAGAGGCAGUCGAGGACAUAGAACUGUGUGACAACAGAAUUCCAGAACAGAAGCCCGCUGUAAUUGAACUUUGCGAACUUGGUGAAUGUCCAUGCACUAAUGAAACCAUCAGAUAUCUCUACACCAGGUGGGGUGAUUGUGACAGAGAAUGUGAAGGUACGAGGAGACGAAAGGUCCAAUGUCGCUGUGAAAAAGAAAAUGUCGACAAGUGGGUUGAUGACGAGAUUUGUGUGCGAUACCUUGGUCAAGCUCCAGUUACCAGUGAGCAGUGUGAACCUCCGUGUGUGGCAGACUGGAGGACAGUGACAGGCUGGACCGCUUGUUCAAAGUCAUGUGGCCAAGGAACCAAGACAAGGGUAGUUGUGUGUGAGGUAUUUGCCAAUGGCAGACUGGUUGAUCGGGGUAAUGAUUCACAAUGCAUUGGUGCCGACAAACCCAUUGAAAGUAUGGAGUGUACGGGUGCAGUAGCUGAAGACAAGGCUGUGUGGAUCACCUCAGGAUGGACCACUUGUUCUAAUACGUGUGGAGUUGGAGUGAAACAUCGCCAGGUAAAGUGUGUAGACAAAUGCACUGGACGGGCAAGAGGCGACCGACGCUGUCUCUCAUUCACAAAGCCCUAUCACAAAGAGGGCUGCAAUUUAAUCCCAUGUGAGUAUGACAACUGUGUAGACAAACGAGAUGGACUCAACUGUGACAUGGUAGUACGUCUCAAUAUGUGUGAAGACAUCAAGCAUCACCGGGACUGCUGCCAAUCGUGUCGUCACGUUUUGCUGGGGAAACGUUAGAUCAGCUCAUAGAAACAGGACCGUGAUAUACUGAUGAUAUGAUUUUUUCUUUUUCUUUUUUGUUGAUUGGCUUUCUUGUAGACGUUUGUUUGAUUUUAUGUGAGUACCAGUUAAAUUGUCUGAUACUUGGUUCUGUUCGUGCUGGGCCAAUAAGAUGUUUAAGGAACUUCUAAUUAACUGGUUUAAAUGCUAGUCUUGCUAGAGCAUAUGGUACAUUAGAUGGGUAACGUACAGAAAGGUAGCCAUUUCAAAAGUUAGGCAACGUCGUGAAUGACGUUGUACCAUUAAUUUGACAAUAUGUUGUGAAAUAUUACUAAACACAGUGAG